AUGGAUUCAGAAACCAUUGGUAAUGAAAUUGUAGAUGAAGUGAAUAUGGUUGAUUUAGAGAAUGAAACAAUUCAAGGCGUAAAUGAACUAAGAAGAAUUGAAGAUGAUGUUUUACCUAAGUCUAAGAAGGCCAAAACAUCAAGUGCUGAUUGUUGGAAAGUGUUUACUAAACUUGGGGCGGAUAAAGAUGGGAAUCCAUUGGCUAAGUGCAAUGGUUGUUCAAAGAUUUUGAAGGGUGGCGAUAGGAAUUAUGGUACCACGAGUUUGAAUCGUCAUAUGAAGAAGUGCCCUAAAAUCAAAUAUGCUGAUGUAGGUCAAGUAAUGAUGGACUUGCAAGGUAGACUCAAGAAUCUUACAAUAGAUAAAAAGGUUUCUAGAUCAAUGUGUGCUACUGCAAUCAUUGCACAUGAUUUACCGUAUAAAUUUGUGGAGUUUCAAAAAAUUAGGGAUUGGAUGAAAUAUUUGAACCCUGACUUUUCUCCUAUUUCAAGAAAUACCGCUAAGGUUGAUGUUGAUGAAAUAUUCAAGACAGAGAAAGAAGCUCUUAAGAAGGAGUUAGCUAAUAUUCACUCUAGAAUUUCACUAACUUCUGAUAUGUGGACAGCUUGUACAAGUGAAGGUUAUAUUUGCUUGACUGCUCAUUAUGUUGAUUCCAAUUGGAAUUUGAAGAGUAAGAUUCUAAACUUUUGGCAUAUGCCUCCUCCACACACAGGAUAUGAAAUGUCAAAAAAGAUUCUUGACUUUUUAUCAGAUUGGGGAAUUGAGAAGAAGAUUUUUUCACUCACAUUAGAUAAUGCUUCUGCUAAUGACGUGAUGCAAGCUCAUUUGAAAAGACAACUUGUCUUGCAAAACUGGUUAUUAUCUGAGGGAGAGUUCUUUCAUGUUCGUUGCUCAGCGCAUGUUUUAAAUUUGAUUGUGCAAGAGGGUUUGAAAGUAAUUGGUGAUGCAUUGGAAAAGAUUAGGGAAAGUGUCAAAUAUGUGAAGGGCUCUGAGGGUAGAAUGAAAAAAUUCAAGGAAUGCAUUGAACUCAUUGGCGGUAUUGAAACAUCGGCUGGUUUAUCUUACGAUGUUUCCACUAGAUGGAAUUCUACUUAUUUGAUGCUUCAAAGUGCAUUGAAGUACCGACGUGUAUUUGCAAGCCUUAGUUUUCAUGAUGAUAAUUAUAAGGUUUUCCCUUCCGAAGAAGAUUGGAAAAGAGGAGAUAAGAUAUGCACAUUCUUGUUGCCAUUUUAUGAGACAACAAACUUAAUUUCCGGAACGUCUUAUCCUACUUCCAAUUUGUAUUUUUUGCAAAUUUGGAAAAUUCAGUGUGUUUUGAUGGCAAGCAUCAAAGAUGAAGACACUCUUAUAAGAGACAUGGCUGAAAGAAUGAUGAUCAAGUUUGAGAAGUAUUUGAGUGAUUAUAGUGUGGUUCUUGCUCUAGGAGCGGUUCUUGACCCAAGGAUUAAGCUUACCUCUUUGGAAUACAUGUAUGAAAAAGUUGAUCCACUUACCUCAACAAUUAAAACAAAUGAAAUCAAGCAGAAAUUAUACACUCUCUUUGAGAUGUAUCGACGCCUUCAUACUUCGUCUUCUACAACCUCCCAAACUCCAUCUUCCAUCACUAGAGGGGAAUCAAGUUCACACGCGUUAACUAAAAGCAUCCCUAUUACUACUGUUGCAUCUGAAUCUGCUUUCAGUAUUGGUUUGAUCAUUCUAAACAAAUAUAGAAGUCGCUUGUUGUCGAAGAAUGUAGAGGCAUUGAUUUGUACUCACAGUUGGCUUCACGGUUUCAACAGUUUUGAUGUAGUGGGUGAUGAUGAAGAUAAUGAUGAUGGAAGCUUGGCGAAAAAUAUUACAACUGAAGCAUCAUAUGUUCAUGACGGCAAGAUCACCAACUGGUUGAAAGUGAUAUAUGCUCAUAAUCAGUUGCACAACAGGAAGAAUCUUUGGAAAGAUAUUAAGAAUUGUGCAACUGGAGCUCAAGAGCCUUGGAUAGUCAUAAGAGAUUUUAAUAAUGUGCUAAAGGUGGAGGAUAGAAUUGGAGGCAACAAUGUUCAAGAAGUUGAGUGUGCUGAUUUGGAACACAUGAUGGAAGAAAUUGGUCUGUUUGAACAAGAAACUACAGGGAAUCACUUCACUUGGUCUAAUGGCCAAACAAAUGGAAUGAUAUACUCCAUAAUAGACCAAGCCAUUUGUAACAGGGAGUGA